CUGUGCGCCCCUUCGCAGCCGGCAAGCGAGCCACGAUGGCGCCCCGGGAGCUGCUUGCGCGGCCCCUCUUUGGGCUCCUGGUGCUGGUGGCACAGCUCUCCGUCCCUGCCGUUGGGGCCGAGACGGACCCUUCCUCGCUGCCCGCGGACUUGCUGGGGGCACAGCUCUCCGUCCCUGCCGUCGGGGCCGAGGCGGACCCUUCCUCGCUGCCCGCGGACUUGCUGCUGGCGGCGGGCACGGAGGCUUACGCCCGCGGGGACUGGAGCGCCGUCAUCCUGCAUAUGGAGAGGGCGCUGCGGGCGCGGAAGGCGCACCGGGCGCGCCUGAUCCAGUGCCGCUUGCGCUGCGCUGCCAACAGCACCGACGGAGCCCCGCCUCGCCCGGCGGAGGACGAACAGCAGCACCCGGCGCCUCCCGCCGUAGGAGAGCGGCGCCCGCUGGACGACCUCCGCUUCUUCGGGCAGCUCCUCCGCCGCGCCGGCUGCCUCCGCAAGUGCCUCCCCGACGGCACCUCCCGCUACCAGCUCGGCGAGGAGACGGAGCUGGAGUUCCGCAAGCGCAGUCCGUACAACUAUCUCCAAGUGGCUUAUUUCAAGAUCAACAAGCUUGACAAAGCCGUGGCCGCAGCCCACACGUUCUUUGUGGCCAACCCCAGCCACAUGGAGAUGCGGCAGAACUUGGACUACUACCAGAUGAUGGCUGGCGUCAAAGACUCUGACUUUGUGGACUUGGAGGCCAAGCCACACAUGGAAGAAUACCGCCUGGGCGUGAGUUACUACACAGAGGAGAAGCCCCAGGCGGCUGUCUUGCACCUGGAGAAAGCACUAGAAGCCUACUGGGUCGCCGACACCGAGUGCCGAACCCUUUGCGAGGGGCCGUAUGAUUACGAAGGCUACAACUACCUCGAGUACAACGCGGACCUUUUCCAAGCUAUCAUUGAUCACUACACUCAAGUGUUGAGCUGCAAGCAAGGCUGCGUCACAGAACUUGCAUCUCAAACCGGAAGUGAGAAGCCCCUUGAGGACUUCCUCCCAUCUCAUUUCAACUACCUUCAGUUUGCCUACUACAACAGUGGCAACUACGAGAAGGCCAUUGAGUGUGCCCAAACCUAUUUGCUCUUCUUCCCUAACGACGAAGUGAUGAAACAGAACCUGGCCUACUACACAGCUGUGCUGGGAGACAACCUGGCCAAGCCCGUUCGCCCAAGAAAGGAUGCGGAGCUCUAUUGGAGACGCAGCAUUCUGGAGAAAGAGCAGCUUUUCUUUGCCUACGACGUCUUUGGGAUCCCCUUCGUGGACCCGGACACUUGGACACCGGAAGAGGUGAUACCUAAGAGGCUGCAAGAGAAGCAGAAGGUGGAGCGCGAGACGGCAGCCCGCAUCUCAGAAGAAAUAGGCAACCUCAUGAAGGAGAUUGAGAACCUGGUGGAGGAGAAGACGAAGGAGUCCACGGACAUGAACAAGCUUGUGCGAGAAGGAGGCCCCUUGGUGUACGACGGGCUUGGCAUCACCAUGAACUCCAAGCUGCUCAACGGCUCCCAGCGUGUGGUGGUGGACGGCUUUCUCUCCGAAGAGGAGUGCCGGGCGCUGCAGAGGCUGACCAAUGCAGCUGCCUCUGCCGGGGACGGCUAUCGUGGGAAGACCUCCCCACACACCCCCAGCGAGACUUUCUAUGGUGUCACUGUCUAUAAAGCACUCAAGCUGGGACAGGAAGGCAAAGUGCCCAUGCAAAGUGCUUACCUCUACUACAAUGUGACUGAGAAGGUCCGGCUGGUGAUGGAGUCCUAUUUCCGCCUCGACACGCCCCUGCACUUCUCUUACUCCCACCUGGUGUGCCGCACUGCUAUUGAAGAUAAACAGGAAGACCGGGCAGAUCUGAGCCACCCUGUACACGUGGACAACUGUAUCCUUAACGCAGAAGCUUUAGUGUGUGUCAAAGAGCCGCCAGCCUACACAUUUCGGGACUACAGUGCUAUUCUCUACCUAAACGGUGAUUUUGAAGGAGGAGCGUUUUACUUCACGGAGCUGGAUGCCACGACGGUGACUGCAGAGGUCCAGCCCCAGUGUGGCCGGGCUGUGGGUUUCUCAUCGGGCUCCGAAAACCCGCACGGCGUGAAAGCCGUGACCAAGGGCCAGCGCUGCGCCAUUGCCUUGUGGUUCACCCUGGACCCCCGUCACAGCGAACGGGAUAGAGUCCAGGCCGACGACCUGGUGCGGAUGCUCUUCAACACGGAGGAAGCAGAGUUGCCUCCGGAGAAGGAGAUGGUGGCGGAGAAGGAGAUCGUGGCGGAGAAGAAGGUGGUGGCGGAGAAGGAGGUGGUGGCAGAAAAGGAAAUCGUGGCGGAGAAGGAGGUGGUGGCAGAAAAGGAAAUCGUGGCGGAGAAGGAGAUCGUGGCGGAGAAGAAGGUGGUGGCAGAAAAGGAAAUCGUGGCGGAGAAGGAGAUCGUGGCGGAGAAGGAGAUUGUGCCAAAGAGUUCCACACCAGCCCCAGCAGAAGACCCUGAGCAAGACGCCACUUUAGGGAAAGACGAGCUGUAAUCUACCGCACCCUGAUACAGUACACAAAUGCACACAACCAAGAGAGCCCAACGAGAGACACCAACAGACAGAACUUUUUUCGGUGCUGAGAAGCAUAGCGGGACCGCCAGCCUGCGCACUGGGACCCUCGUCCAGCAUACAUACAAGACUGAACAUGACCACCUCCCAAGUGCCUUACAUAUGGUUGCUGUGGCCCAGGACGAUUUUUUUUGGGGGGGAAGCUUCCUGUUUCCGUCUGCCUCCCCCUCCUUCUCCCCCUCCCCUGAUGUUCUGUUUCUCCAAAGGGGACCACACCGCCAACUAUGUUUUCUUGUUCCUUUUCUUUUUUUAAGGGUCCGGAGCCCCCGCUUGAAGGGGUUUCGGUUCAACCUGAGGCUGUUUCCAAUGGGGGAGAGGCAGUUUUGGGGUAGCUCUGCUGCCCAGAGACUUGAAUUCAAAUCCCCACUCGGCUACGAAACUUAGCAGGCGACCUGUGGGCCAGUCGCCAUCUCCAAAUCUAACCUACCUCACAGGGUUGUUGUGAGGAUAAAAGUAGACGCAGCCCUGAGAUCUGUGGAGGAAGAGGGGGGUGCAAAUGUACCAAAUAAAAUAAGAUAAAUACCACUUUCCUGCUCUGGAACAAGUAAGUGUCUCAUGUCAGUAGAAACCAGUCUUCAUACAGAGGUAAAAUUUGCAUUUGUUCUCUGCCCUCUUUUGCCUCUUGCCCCGCCCACCAUGAGCAUGUGGCCCCUGAAAAGGUUGCCUAGAAUGGAAGUGGCCCUUGGCUUGAAGAAAAUAUUCCCCACCUCGAAGUAGAUGCUGGAUGGCCAUCCGUCAGGGGCGCUGCAGUUGAGUCCUCCGUUGAACAAAGGGGUUUUAAUUCCGGAAUGACCUCCUAGGCCCUUUCCAGCUCUAAAAUUCUAUUAUUCUGAGUGCCCCCCCCCCCAGUGGCUUAGGUACUGUAUGUAAAACAAAGUAGACAAAAGAUUCUGCCUGGAGGCUAAAGCAGACACGACACAAGAGGAAACUAGACAGUGGAGGGAGAAGGAAAUGAGAUGAUGGGCUGACAUGAAAUGGAGAAAAGGGGUUCAAAAAAGGGAAAGAUUCAGUGAGACGAAGGAAAAUGUAUAUCCUAGGACAGGGUGGUUCAAACGGCAGCCUUUUUGACAGCCCUCAGCAACAUUCAAGAAAAAUAAUAAUCUUAAAGC